CCAUGGAUGUAUUCAUGAAAGGGCUUUCCAAGGCUAAGGAGGGAGUCGUGGCAGCAGCAGAAAAAACCAAACAGGGUGUGGCAGAAGCAGCAGGAAAGACGAAAGAGGGCGUUCUCUAUAUGGGUUCCAGGACCAAGGAAGGAGUUGUUCAUGGUGUCACAACAGUGGCUGAGAAGACCAAAGAACAGGUGUCUAAUGUUGGGGGAGCUGUGGUGACAGGAGUGACAGCAGUUGCACAGAAGACAGUGGAAGGAGCAGGGAAUAUUGCUGCAGCCACUGGCUUGGUGAAGAAGGAUCAGUUGGCUAAACAGAAUGAAGAAGGCAUCCCACAGGAAGGAAUGAUGGAUAAUACAGACAUGCCGGUGGACACUGAAAAUGAGGCUUAUGAAAUGCCUCCUGAGGAAAAGUAUCAAGACUAUGAACCUGAAGCAUGAGAAUCUCUCCCCUCUUUCUAUCUUCUGAAAUCUGCUAACAAAGAUGUCCCAUCCUGUACAAGUGCUGAGUUCCAAUGUGCCCAGUUGUUAACUUUUUUUACAGUUUUUACAGUGUAUUUUGAAGUCUUCCAUCAGCAAUG